AUGGACAGCUGGAGAGAAGCCGAAUGCAAGAGGUCUCACGAUCCCUUCUACAAAUACAACUCCCACGACGAACGCAAUAGUAAGGCGGUGGGAGACGCGUUCAUUUGGGUCCAUGAACCUGUUAUCGUUGGGGCAGGACCCUCGGGACUUGCCGUUGCCGCCUGCCUCAUGGAGAAGGGAAUCCCAAGCGUGGUCUUAGAGAGAUCUGACUGCAUCGCCUCCCUGUGGAAACACAAGACCUACGAUCGCCUCCGCCUGCAUCUCCCCAAGCAGUUCUGCGAGCUCCCACACAUGUCAUUCCCCACUUGUUUCCCUACGUACCCCACAAAGCAUCAGUUCCUCGCCUACCUCGAGACAUACGCAAGGCAGUUCAACAUCAGCCCAGUCUUUCAUCAGACGGUCGAGUGCGCCUUCUAUGAUCGCGACCUCAGCAUGUGGAUAGUGAAGACGAGAAGAACGGACAAAGAGGGGGAGGAGGAGGCGAUGACAAGUUAUAUCUGCCGGUGGCUGGUGGUGGCCACAGGUGAGAAUGCAGAUAUUGUAGUGCCGGAUAUCGAAGGAAUUGGUGAAUUUAAAGGGCCCGUAGUUCAUACGAGUGAGUACCGUCGAGGGGACGUGUUCAGAGAGAAGAAGGUCCUCGUCCUCGGAUGCGGCAACUCAGGCAUGGAGAUCUGUCUGGAUCUCUGCGACUACAAUGCGCACCCCACUCUUGUUGUAAGAGAUUCGGUAAGUAGCAGGAUUAUAUCUUUAUUCCUUCUCCGUGUACAUAGCCAAGUAUAUAUAAAACAAAAAUUGAGAUAGAUGAUCAUAUAGGAAUGGAUAGGGAAUUAGAAGUAGAUAUCCCUCACUUUUGAGUUUUGUUCAACGUCUCCGGUUAUUUUUCAAACGGUCGACUUCAAGUUUAGAAUCGCAGGAUAAUGAACCUGUCUUCAGCACUAGCCUACCGUUGAAGCUGUUCUGGCCACCUCUUCUGGCGUCCUCACAUCAAUCUCCAUCAUUAUCUAUUAUCUCCCCUUACUGGUUUCGUUAAACCGCGAAGUCCAACCUUCAAAGAGGUCUGUUGUUCACUGCGUCAACUUUAUCGUCUAUUUAGCCUUUAAACAAGAGGUGGACCUCAUGGGUUGCGCCUCGUCCUCUUCUCCCGUUUUCUUUUUUAUCUUGCGUCUCGUGACAUUCUUCCCGUCGGUGUGCAUUUUUCCUACGAUGGCCGACGGAGUUCGGCAUUUGAAGAAAGAUUUCUUCUUUAGCGCCGUACGUGCUCACCGUGCAAAAAAUUUCAAUUUCUCCCUGUUUGGCAUUCGAAAAGUUCGUUAUGGACAAGGGUUUUCUUGCCUUCUUCUCUUUCUUGGAACUCGUCCCACGCUCGUGGUGCAACUCUGUCUACUCACACACCCCAAGGACCAUCAGCUAGUUCCUGCAACUGCUUUUCUUUCUUCUUUCGCGUUCGGACUUUUAUAUUGCAGUGGCGGUGCAGUGCGCAGAGCUACACGAACAAGUGUCAAGAAGGGAACACGAACAUUAGAAUGGGACCGCUGCCCCCUAGCCAAAGCGCCCCUUUGCUUGUCAAAACAACAUUAACAAUCUAAAGAAAGGAACACUAGCACAGGUUCUGACGUUGGUGCAACCUACUCUAUAUUCCUCUAAUUCUCUCUCUCUCUUUCCAUCCGCUAAUAUAUAGUGGGAUUGCUCAUAAAGAGUGAAAGAUUGGUAGAAGAGAUUGCCACAACAGAGGAAGUAGAAUUAGCGAGUCCACGUAUACCCUGAACUAGCGUGUCACACUGCAUUCAUCGCCUUCUUCAAAGGUCCCUUUUUUCCUUGUUUAAUCUUCAGUGCAUGUUGUUGCAGGUGCACGUCCUGCCCAGGGACAUCCUCGGAAGAUCCACAUUCGGUCUAUCUAUGUGGCUUCUGAAGUGGCUACCAAUUCGGGCUGUGGAUCGUUUCCUACUCUUCGUUUCAUGGCUCACUCUUGGUGACACCUCCCAGCAUGGCCUGGAACGGCCCCAUCUGGGUCCACUAGAGCUCAAGGCCGUUUCCGGGAAGACCCCCGUCCUUGACGUCGGUACUCUGGCCAAAAUCAAGUCUGGCAACGUCAAGGUCUGUCAGCACCGUCUAAUGCGUCCUUACCCAUUUAAUAAUUGAUUGGUCCGACGAGCCGUCGUCCUUUAACUCACCAGAAUUUUCUUGGGAUCUCUGAAAUUCACAGAUUUGCCCAGCCAUAAAGAGAAUGAUGAGCCACGGAGCUGAGUUCAUAGACGGAAGAGCAGAGAACUUUGAUGUCGUCGUCCUAGCCACUGGCUACAGAAGCAACGUGCCCUCGUGGCUCAAGGUAUAGUAUUUCCUGAUAAACCAUGGCACAUCGGCACAUAUAUUAGUAUUGAAAGCCCUCUGUUAAUUUUCAGUUGGGCGGAACUUAUUUUACAAUGAUAUCCUACAAAUCAUUGAGAGGUCAUCUUAAAAAGUCUCACACCAGCUGGAGAAAACAAAAUGUUAAUUACAUACAAAAGUUCGGAUUGUACGCAAAAAUCUUUCACAACUGUGUCUUAUUUGAAUUGCCGGAGAAAACACAUGGCCUGUGAGCUUAACGUGUAGGAGCUGAAGGUCUCUCGAUGUUAUUUAGCAGGAGAGGGAGCUCUUCUCAGAGAAUACUGGGCUACCGAGGAGGCCCUUUCCUCACAGUUGGAAGGGCGAGCGUGGUCUCUACGCGGUGGGAUUCACUCAACGGGGUAUACUAGGCGCGUCUACGGAGGCGAGGAGGAUUGCUCACGACAUCCAUCAGCAAUGGAGAUGUGCCGCAAAGUCUGUUGGGAAUCCCCUGAAAAAUUCAAUCACUACGGCAGUUGAACGCGAUCUCCUCCACACGUGCACCGGAGAUUGA